AUGGCUGCCGACGAAGCAAUAUGCCGAAGUUUCUUAGAAAAAGAUUUGACAUGUCGUAUGUGCUUAGACAUUUUCGUCGAUGCAACUCUUCUGCCGAUCUGCGGGCAUACUUUCUGCAGGAGUUGCCUCAAGAGAUCUAACGAAUCAUAUGAUCAACAGGUUGUUUACAUUAGGUGUUCUGUCUGCGAGAAAAUCAACAACUUAACCUCAGAGAAAGGUUUCGAUGAUUUACCCGCUAAUGAAACGGUCAACAAAAUCGUUGACAACUACAUCCAGGACCGUGUCUGCAAGACUGCACCACGUCAAAAAUGUACUGCUUGUAGACGGCCAGAGGAUGCUGUGUCUUUCUGCAGAACCUGCCACAAGUACUUGUGUGAGGGAUGUCAGACAAGUCAUAGGGAGAUGUUUGACUAUGAAGGUCAUGAGACGGUACCCUUUGAUUUUGAGAAAAUGCUCGUGAAGGAGAAGGUUAGUAUAGAUUAUUCAUCCUAG